AUGGCCCUUCAGUACACAGAAAGAAAGUUGGCAUUUAGCUUUGAAUUGGAUCAAGCUUUAGACCACGAAAUGAAUUUUGUUCCCUCGAGCUCCACCAUGCUGCUCUUUGUACUUUUCUUGACGACAAAUCUUUUAACAAAUGCAGCCCCGUUAGACUGCCACAACGACACUGGAAGCUCCCAGAAAGAAAUACUGCUACAACUUUCUGAAAUUCAAAGUCAAGUGAAUAUUCUCAGGGGAAACGGAACAUCAGUGAAAGCUAGGAACUGUGCUGACGUGCACAAGUUUGGUGGAAGAAUCAGCAAUGUCUACACAAUCGACCCUCAUGAUGGUUUAGGCGCCUUUGACGUGUUUUGCGACCAGACCACAGCUGGUGGAGGAUGGACUGUACUUCAGAAGAGACUUAAUGGCUCCAUGGAUUUCAAUCGCACCUGGGAAGAGUAUAAACAUGGUUUCGGAAAUUUCUUCACUCAAGAAUUUUGGCUCGGACUGGACAAAAUCCACCGUUUGACAAGAAACGGGACGGGAAAUAGACUUCGAGUAGAACUGGGAGUAAGUAAUGAAGAGCUUGUUUACGCUGAGUAUGGACUAUUUGUCAUCGGAAACGAGAAUACUUCUUACCGGCUGAACAACCUUUCAGGUGCAGCGGAGAAUGAUCCUCUUGGUUACCAUAGGAACUUCUCCUUUGGCACUUGGGAUAGAGACCCUGCUAAUGGCAAGUGCGAUGCAUACGGGAGACUUGGAGGAGGCUGGUGGUACGGUGAAAUAUGCGUGGUAAAUUCAAACCUCAACGGUCUUUACCCAAGCCGUGGAACUAAAACUCCUAUGGGCGACAUUACAUGGGCAAAAUUAGGAAGCACUGCUAAGGCAAGCACUCCUGCAACCACUGAAAUGAAAAUCAGACCGGUGGGCUAUAAUUAG